AUGGCUCUCUCAAAACCCACCUUCCUCACUCACCUGAGAACCCUAGCCAAACCCCCCAACUGCCACCACCCAACCCCACCACCCUCCUUCAUUUCCCUUCAAUUUCUCUCCUUCGCCACCCCAGAAGAAGCCGCCGCCGAACGACGUCGUCGCAAGCGCCGCCUCCGCAUCGAGCCCCCUCUCUCCUCCCUCCACCGCAACCAGCAACAACAGCAACAACAACAAUCCCCGAAACCCCAACAAAACCCUAACGCCCCGAAACUCCCCGAACCCGUUUCGGCUCUCUCCGGCAACCGCCUCAACCUCCACAACCGCAUUCUCACUCUCGUCCGCCAAAACGACCUCGAGGAGGCCGCGCUCUACACUCGCCAUUCCAUCUAUUCCAAUUGCCGGCCCACCAUUUUCACAGUCAACUCUGUGCUUACCGCUCAGCUUCGCCAGUCCAAGUAUUCUGACCUCUUGUCCCUUCACCGCUUCAUCACCCAGGCGGGCGUUGCCCCCAAUAUCAUCACUCACAAUCUCAUCUUUCAGACUUAUUUGGAUUGCCGCAAGCCCGAUACUGCUAUGGAAAACUACAAGCAGUUGAUCAAUGACGCCCCUUUCAACCCUUCCCCAACUACUUAUCGGAUUUUGAUAAAAGGUUUGGUGGAUAACAACAAGCUGGACAGGGCUAUGGAGCUCAAAGAGGAAAUUGAUGUCAAGGGUUUUGCGCCGGACCCUGUUGUUUAUCAUUAUUUGAUGGUGGGCUGUGUGAAGAAUUCAGAUUCGGAUGGAGUUUUUAAGCUUUACGAGGAGUUGAAGGAGAAGUUGGGAGGGGUUGUAGAAGAUGGGAUCGUCUAUGGGAACUUGAUGAAGGGGUAUUUCAUGAGGGGGAUGGAGAAGGAGGCCAUGGAGUGUUAUGAGGAAUCUUUGAGGGAGAGUUCCAAGGUGAAGAUGAGUGCUGUGGCCUAUAAUUCGGUUUUGGAUGCCUUGAGCAAGAAUGGUAAGUUUGAUGAGGCCUUGAGGUUGUUUGAUAGGAUGGUCGCAGAGCAUAACCCGCCGAGGCGUUUGGCUGUGAAUUUGGGAAGCUUUAAUGUGAUGGCGGAUGGGUAUUGCGCGGAGGGGAGGUUUAAGGAAGCCAUUGAGGUUUUCAGGAAGAUGGGAGAUUAUAGGUGUAGUCCGGACACCUUGUCAUUCAAUAAUUUGAUUGAGCAAUUGUGCAAGAAUGGGAUGCUGAGUGAAGCUGAGGAGCUUUAUGGAGAAAUGAGCGACAAGGGAGUGAACCCGGAUGAAUAUACGUAUGUUUUGUUGAUGGAUACUUGUUUUGAGGAAAAUAGGGCUGAUGAUGCAGCUGAGUACUUUAGAAAAAUGGUUGAUGCCAAACUGAGGCCAAACUUGGCUGUUUAUAAUAGGUUGGUUGAUGGAUUAAUUAAGGUAGGGAAGGUUGAUGAGGCAAAAUCGUUUUUUGAUUUGAUGGUGAAGAAGCUCAAGAUGGAUAUUCCGAGCUAUCAGUUUAUAAUGAAGACAUUGAGUGAGGCAGGGAAAUUGGAUGAGGUGCUUAAUGUGGUCAAUACCAUGUUGGAUGAUGAUGGGGUUGAAUUUAAUGAGGAGUUGCAGGAGUUUGUUAAAGGGGAGAUGAGAAAGGAGGGGAGAGAGGAUGAAGUGGGGAAGCUUAUGGAGGAGAAGGAAAGGCAGAAGGCUGAAGCUAAGGCUAAGGAGGCUGAGGCAGCAGAAGCAGCAAAGAGAAGUGCAAGAGCUGCUGUGUCCUCCUUACUUCCUUCCAAGUUGUUUGGGAAUAAAGAAUCUGACACAGGGUCUACGCAGUCCACUGAAAAUGUAGGUGAAGCUGCCUCGACACAACCUGCAGAGGCUGCCACAGUGAGUGGAGAUGCACAAGCUGGUCAGGAAGAGCGUGGUGGAGAAGAAGGCGAAAAUUCAGCUCAGAUAGAAUCCCAAAGUGAUGGUGCAACUGAGCAGGUAUUGGCCUGA